GUAGAGAGAUCAAUGAAGAUGUCCGAACAACCAUUGCGAGUUGGAAUCAUUGGCACUGGGAUCUUCGCCAGUAAACGUCAUCUUCCAGCUUACCAGAAACUACCAGCGGAGUACAAUGUCGUAGCAUGUGCGAACCGGACGAUCUCCAAAGCUGAGUUGUUCGCCGAGAAGGCUAAUAUCCCUUCCACUCAUGUCUUCUCCUACCUGGACGAACUGAUCAGGUGUCCUGAUGUUGACAUCGUCGAUGCUCUCCUACCCGUCAGCUCGAACCUCGACACGGUUCUAAAGGCGGUUGAGGUUGGUAAACCGAUCAUGAUCGAGAAACCACUUGCGCACGAUCUCGCCGAUGCUCGCGAACUUGUCAAGGUAUGCGCUUCAACCGACAUCCCAGUUCUCGUCGCAGAGAACUGGUCCUACCGUGAGGCUAUCCCAAAGAUGAAAGCGGCCGUCGAGAAGUGUGGUGAGGUUGUUGGUUUCGAGUAUGUGCAGAGCAUCCCAUUCCGACCCGAUAACCCCUACCUGGGCACUGCUUGGCGUGCGACCCCUUCUCACGUCGGUGGAUUUCUGUCUGACGGCGGCGUCCACCAAAUGGCUUUCCUCACAGGUGUACUAGGGCAGGUUGAGCGUGUCAGUGCCUUCACCCGUCAAAUCAAGAAGGAGAACGGAACGGUUGAUACAGUCAAAGCUACCAUGCAACUGAAGAGCGGAGUCAUUGGGACAUAUGGGCUUGAUUUCGCUUCUGCGCAACCCGGGACAGGGUAUUUUAGGAUUCAUGGGACGGAGGGCACGGUUGAGUACCGGUUUACUGAUUUUACAUUGUCCUACACCUCUGCUGCGUCGCCGGGCGAGCCUGAGGUGGUUGUGACUGGAAAGGAGGAAGACGACGUGAAGAAUGAAUUCGAGAACUUUGCGGAGGCGGUGCGGACGAGAGAUAAGACCCUGCUAAAAUGCACGGUAGAAGACGCAUUUCACCAUUUUGCCGUCGUUUGUGCGAUGGUUGAAUCGGGUGAGAAGAAUGGGGAGAGUGUGGCUGUUCCUCAACCUUGAGGCAAAUUUGAAUUACCCAUGACCAAUGGGUAUACGAGCUGAGCUCAAGCGCGGGCAU